GCUUGGUGUAAUCUUCCAGGCAGAUUAUUCAGAAAUUAUUACGAAAAUAACGAUAAAGACAGAAGAUGAAAAAGAUAGCAAACAAGCAGGGGAAUCUAUUGAUGAUGAUAUUGAAGGUUUAGGAGAAUGGAUACAUUCACCUGAUGAUGAUUUAACACCUGUAACGGAAGAUGAUAUGGAUGAAAUACUUUUUAUAUGA